AUGAGAAACCCAAAAAGGCGGCACCUGCAGCUCCAAAGCCAGUUCCAGAGCCAGAGCCAGCACCAAAGAAGCUCCUUCCUGGACUCGGAUGAGAAGACUCGAGAUGACUCAGAUGACAAACCAAAAAGACAGCAGCCCAGCACCAAAGAAGAGCUCCUUCCUGGACUCGAGACGAAGACUCAGACAACCAGCUCCAGCACCACCUCCAGAGCCAGCUCCAAAGAAGAGCUCUUCCUGGACUCGGAUGAUGAAGACUCGGAUGAUGACUCAGAUGACAAACCAAAAAAGACAGCAGCUCCAGCACCACCCCCAGAGCCAGCUCCAAAGAAGAGCUCUUUCCUGGACUCGGAUGAUGAAGACUCGGAUGAUGACUCAGAUGACAAACCAAAAAAGACAGCAGCUCCAACGGCAAAGAAGAGCUCUUUCUUGGACUCGGACGAUGAAGACUCAGAUGAAGACUCAGACGACAAACCCAAAAAGACAGCACCUGCAGCUCCAGAGCCAGCGCCAAAGAAGAGCUCCUUCGUGGACUCAGAUGAAGAAGACUCAGACGAUGACUCAGAUGACAAACCCAAAAAGACAGCAGCUCCAGCGCCAAAGAAGAGCUCCUUCCUGGACUCAGAUGAUGAAGACUCAGAUGAGGAUGCAGAUUCUGAUGAGAAGCCGCCAAAGAAAGAUGUCAAAAUCAAGAAAGAAGAAUCAGAGGAGGAGGAGGAGGAAGAAGAAGAAGAAGAAGGCGAAGCAGCCGAGGAGGAUGAUCGCAUCUUUCGCGACACGACAACAGAUUGGAGAGAUGCCAUGAAAAUGGCGCGUAUCCAUUCGUCAAGAUUGAAACGGGGCGCACUCAAUGUGGUGUUCACGGAACCUAUUGUGACAGAACAGUACGAGUUCUUGCAGCAUGAAGACUCUGCUCUGUCGGUCAAUGAUGAAAAUCAUGUGGCAGAAGACCAUGAUGAUAUUCCCUGGUAUGAACAAGACUACGAAGAGCUUCCUUGGUAUGCACAACCUGAUCUGGAUGAAGACGAUGCCUUGACAGCACUUUGCAAAAAGGUUUUACAAGCAGAUGGCUCGGAAGGCGAAGAAAAUCAAAAGAGACUGCAAGAGCAUGCCGAACGCGUUGAAGCCAGAGUGAUUGGAUUUGCUCUCAAACUACGCAAUAGAGCGCGAAGUCCGGUUCGUCGCGAUGGCUCUGUCCGUUCCAAUAGUACCUGCAGCCGCAGCAAGAGUCCACCAGCCAAAGCACGUGGCAGGGGCAGAUCACCAGCGGGUGGUGGACCCGAUUCAAAUUCCGUUCUAGAUGACGAAGAUCCAGAGGAUUGGGAGAAAGGCGACAAAGGUACCAAGGCGAAGGUUUCAUCCUCAUCGUCGGAUGAUGACGAUGAUGAUUCAGUUGACUCGACAAUACCACCAGAUGAUGACGCCGAAAAAGAAAGGUUGAAGAAAGAAGAAGAAGAAGCGGCGGAACAGGAGCGUCUUGAAACCGAGAAGCUCGAGGCAGAACGAAUGCAGAGAGAGGAAGCAGAAAGAUUGAGAAUUGAAGAGGAAGAGAUGCGUCGAAAGGAGGAAGAAGAACGGGAGGCCGAACGGCUCAAGCUGGAAGAGGAUGCCAGGGCCGAAGCUGCAAUGCUUCAAAAGGAGGAAGAAGAGAAGGGGAAAGCAACUCCUCGCAAAGCCAAAAAGUCGUCCUUCUCGGACGAAAGCGACUCCGACGACGAUGAUGAUUCAGACAGCGAUGGGUUUGGUGCUCCAAACACAAAGUCAACAACUGCCAAUUCUGCUGCACCCCCCACCACCAAAAACGAGGACUCAGAAGACGUUGACUCCGAAGACAGCUCGCAUAACAAGGCAACACCUGCUCCAGCGCCUGCGCCGGCCCCAGCUCCGAAACCACUUGUUGAAUCGUCAGACUCGGACGAUAUUGACGACUCCCUAGAAAGCUCCGACGACAGCGCACCCAAAAAGCAAGCACCUUCGCCUGCCCCUGCCCCGGUCCCCGCCAAAGCCCCAAAACCAGCUGUCGAUUCAUCAGAUUCAGACGAUAUUGAUGAAUCUAUAGAUACUUCGGACGAUGACAGCUCACCCCAAAAGAAAGAACCUUCGCCUGCCCCGGCCCCCGCUAAAGCCACACAAUCAGCUUUCGAUUCGUCAGAUUCAGAUGACAUUGAUGAAUCAGUUGACAGCUCCGAUAAAGGCCCACCCAAAACGACAGCACCUGCUCCGACGUCGGCACCAGCCAUACAACCAAUUACCGAGUCCGAGAAAAGCGUUCGAGCUCGAAUGGAAGAGCAAGAAAGGCGGUUGAAAGAACAGGAAGAGGUGAUCAAAAAGCAAUCAGAACAAUUGCAGAGAGCGGAAGAAGAGCGCCUGAAGAAGCUAAAGGAGGAAGUACGGCUGAAAUCCGAAGCAGAAGCAGCACGGCACAAGGCCGAAGCCGAGGCUGAGGUGCAGAGGGAAAAGGCCAGGGAGGCGAGGUUACAAAGGGAAGAACGAGAACAACAACAGGCGGCUUCACGGAGUUUGGAGAAAUUGGAAGAAACGAAGCAACAACGUGCGGAACGAGUUGAACAGGAAGCAGAAAUGGCAAGACAAGAUGCACGCGCAAUGGAAAGGGAACGUCAGAUACGAAUGAAAGUGAAGGAUAGGUGGGCUGUUGAGAAGGAAGCUUUCGAAGCCGAGGAGCAGAAAAAGCGGCAGCAAAGUGGUGGCCCUGCACAUGUGACAAAGGACGGAGGCAACCUUGCAAAGUGUUUGGGUGAAUUUGAAGAAGGCAUCCAGCCAUCAACCAUUCACCUGGAACUCCCAAGUCGUCUAUCGGAGGGAACACGGGGCCGACUAAAUCAGGUCGCCGAUGUAUUGACAAAGAAUUCAACAGUGAAAGAGGUGUCCGUUGUCGUUCCGACCAAUAUAGAGGACACAGUGUCUGAACACUCCGCCGUCACAAGGAUGUUUGAAGUGAUAGGAAGUCUGGAAAAACUUCGGCAUCUUAGCAUCGAGUCCUCCAGUGGGAGUGUGCGCUCUUGCAUUGCCACUAGCAUUGUCGUUACAACACUUCGAAGGAUAGCCAUGUGUUAUCACGAAGAAAAGAAUGCCGGCCUGAAGUCACUCAGCAUAAAGAACAUGACUUUGGUGGAUAGCCAAUCCGGAUUGGCUGACUUCGCAGAAGCUAUGCGAAGCUUAAGCGAAAUACCAACUUUGAGGAGUGCUCACGUCGAGAUUGAUUUCAAGCCGAUGGCUCGGCAGUGAUUGGAGCCAGACAGGAGUGGAUGCUCGCUUCUCCAGUUGGCGUUACGGGUAUAGGCUGUUCCUUCAACAAGCUUGGAGGAUCACGAAAGGAGAAGCGUUGCUGAUAUAUUACUUAUGAGUUUGUCUUUCUUACAUGUAUCAGCCAAGGCGGAGGUCAAGCCGGUGCAGAACAUGCCCAGCUGGUGGCGAGUGGCGAGGUUUGUCACGGUGGGUCACCGUCAAAUUCAGUAUGUCGCAGCCAUCCCUUUGUCAUUAGUGGCCAUAACAUCGAAAAUGCAAGCAUCCUUGUCAAACGUCGAGACAUUUGCACAUGCUUUCGCUGCUUCCUCCCUACUAAUCAAAGCUUCACCAAGACGUCGGCUUGUCCGCAUCGUCUGCUUGGGCAUGAUGCACUUCGCAGGGUACUGAACACUUCCGGGAGCAUGGAAAAGGCGGGCUUCAUCUCCUCGAGUCUGCCAUUCCUGGGCAAAUGCGUUUACGUCUGCCACAGUGGUUGAUUUUUUUCGCCCAAUCCUUUCACCACUUGGGAAAGCCCCCAUCAAGCCGAGACUCCCCGCGAAGCGGUCGGGAUUCUUUCCCGUAGUAACACUGACUCGAACGAACUUUUUGUAUACUUCAAUGCUGAUAGAGUCCGCCUGCCCAAGAUCAACGCGGAAGAUGCACUGGUGGGCAUUGACGGCCCGAUAGUGGAUUCGACUUCCUGACAAGGUCUCUGGAAGAAUUCCAUUCUUCAGGUCGCCGCCCUGUUUACCAUUGAUCCAGUGUUCAUGGUUCUUGGUGGUACUCCCCGUUACUUCGAGUGUGUCCCUGCCGAUUUGCAGGACAGCUGAUUCUAUAUACGACCACCAUGUCUGGAUUUUUGUCCGGAUAUGUAGGUGCAGCCCAAGAAAGUCGUCAAAAUGAGGCGCUUGCAGAAGUACCAAAUCGCAUUCGCCGUGGAAGUCGUAUUGGUCACCACUGGGUGUCCGGCAGGAACAAGACGAGCACAGUUAGGAUUCAUUCUACAGGGCCCAGCUAGUACUUGCUUUUGCAUUAAAACGGUAUCGAGGAAGCAUACUUACUCCCAAGUUUUGAUAUGCCUGUGACGAUAAAACGAUGUGCAAAUGCAGCCCAACCACUGUGUGUCAGUAGGAAGACGAUACUCCGGACUUCUCAAUUGCCAAGUUUCAGUGCACUUACGGAUCCCCGAACGCGGCAGCAUUUGCCUUGAUUCCACUUGUAGACUUUGUGUCGGUAUCCUCCAAGCAAAGCGCUCGGAUUUCACCUGGAGAAGGCAACUGCACCACUGGAUUUUGCACAAGUCCACCAAACUCGGAAUUGUCUUCAGUAACUGCAUCAUUGGCAUCUACAAAGCGGGUGGCGACCCAAUCGCCAUCAGCACCGUCCGAAGACUGAACCAAUAGCUUGCUGUCGUCGAGGAGGCCGUCAGAUGUAGCAGGCACUCCAUUCUGCUCUUCAAACAUGGUAAAAAUGCUCUCAUCCAUGUGUGAGCUCAGAAAAUUGAGAUCUGCAAGGUGUGCCAUUGGAAACUCGGACUGGCACAGACUCUCGCCACUUUCCGGCGUAAUGGUUGAGGUAGUGCCCUCUGUGAUGUGCAGCUGCGACACGUCCACAUCGUUCAGCCCCUGUACUGAAACAAGCAAGAAGGAGGCCAGUAGGAAAGCAAGGAUAUUGCUUGACAAGAUCAUUCUCGUGGCUAGUUUGAGUUCGGAACGGAUACUGGCCACUUGGGGACUGGGUGAAGACUGGGUGAAGUGAUACGCCGAGAUCUCAAGAGUUGCCUUGUGCAAAACAUUCGCUGCUUCUUCUGCGUCGCUCUUGCUCAAGGACAUGCAGAUACUGAGGAUAUGGCGGCUUAUGGCGGCUUUGAAUGCAAGUCGGAUAAAUUUGACCAUCUUUCUUCCAGCUAGCUCAGUUCAGCGCUGGUGACCAAUGUGCAAAGGAUACAGUAGAUAAAUGACUAAAAAUGACACAAAACUAAGAUUUUGGUGGCCAUUCGUGCGAACGUUCGACUUGUUAAAUCUGAUUAGUACCAGAACUAAGCAUAAAAGACUUAACA